AUUCUUUCGAAGCGAAGCCGGAUGACAGUCAGGAGCAAGCGAGCUGUCGAGCAAGUGUUGCUUAAUCAUGCCGGUGCCCGCAACUACGACUGACAAGGAGGAGUCUACCGUGGAUCAAAGCAGGAUUUCGACACCGGUAAACGCUGAAAGUGGCAGAGCCCCGGCCAAUCAAUAUGAUGCCCUUACAAAUCGUCAGCUGGUCAUCUUCGCAGGCUCGCAACUGAUCGUCUGGGCUCUCAACGCAGCGAAUGUUCUCGAGACUAGCUUCAUUCUUCCCGUCGUUGCACAAGAAUUCAAAGUCUCGAUCAGUGACGUGCAAUGGGUUGCGGCGUCCAACAUGCUCAUCUGGGGGUGCUUCCAGCUCAUUGCUGGACGAUUGUGCGAUAUAUUAGGGCGUAAGCGUGGCUAUAUUUUUGGCUGUACCACCAGUGUCAUCUUCAAUGUCACGGCCACGUUCAUGCCCAACUUGGCUUCUCUCAACGUGGCAAGAGCACUUUCGGGGUUAUCCGCAGCCAUCAUUCUACCUGCUUCAGCCGGUCUCAUCGGUGCACUGUAUCGACCUGGAAAGAAGCGAACCAUUGCGUGUGCCGUGGUAUCUUGUGGAGGUUGCGCUGGAGCAUCCGUGGGGGAGCUCCUCGCUGGAGUCUUCGUUCGGUAUUCCAAGUGGACCUGGAGACCAUGUUACUUUUCUUGUGGAGUCACCACAGUUGCUCCACUGAUCAUUGGCUGGUGGUUGGUCCCCCGCGAUCCACCGAUCAAAUCCGAUUGGUCUGUAGACUGGCUCGGUGCCUUGUCCGUCGGCGUAUCAUUGUUCUUGUUUCUCUUCACCUUGACGCUGUCCAACACCACGUCUCGCGGCUGGAAGACACCUUAUUUGCCCGCCCUGCUUACCGUCUCUGUCCUAUGCUUCGCCUUCUUCGUGUGGCGUCAACGGUCCCUCCAUCGAGCCUUGCCAAGCGAAAAUAAACCUCCGCCUGUCAUCCCAAAAGGUCUCCUCAGCUGGAAGAAACGCAAUCUCAUUGUGGUCUACAUCGGUACAGCUCUACUGUUCGCUUGCGUUGAUGGCCAAUUUCCCUUCAUUUCGUACCUCUAUCUUGAUGUCCUCAAACUCGACGCAUUUGAGGCGGGUCUCAGAUGGAGCAUGUGCAUGUUCAGUGGUGUGCCGGCGGCCAUCCUUGUGGCACUGUUGAUAUCGAGAGUGCCACCCAGGAUAUUGAUGUCGACUGGAUGCUUGAUUUCUACCAUGACACCCCUUCUCUUUGCCAUCCGCAAAUUGGAUUGGCCUUAUUGGAGAGCGGACCUGUGGGCCUUCCUGCUUGUCGCAUACGGAUCAGACGGAGUCAUUGCAGCGGGAUCAUCUCUCAUCUCGCACACCGCAUCUCCGUGA